AUCAGGUGCUGUUUCUUCUUCUUCUUCUUCUUCUUCCCCAAAUUCAAAGUUUCAAAAUGUCAGAGGAGUGAGUUCAGAGCCUCGCAGUCGCUGCAGAAUUUUUUGUCUUCACUAGUUCGUCUCCGGAUUAGGAACUCCCUCUCACUUCAGGUGGGUUUCUGAACGUGAUAGAAUUGGUUGGCAGAAAUGUCCCUCCUCAGUAGAUUCUUCUACAAAAGACCCCCAGAUGGGUUGCUCGAAUUGGUCGACCGGGUUUACGUUCUUGAUUCCUGCUUUUCAACGGAGGUAUUACCGGACGAAAUGUACCAAGUCUAUCUGCAUGAGAUCUUGGCUGAGUUACACGAAGAGUUUCCGGACUCGGCAUUUCUCGCGUGCAAUUUCCGGGAAGGUGAGAAACGUAGCCAAUUCGGUGAAACUAUGUGCGAUUAUGACGUCACUGUCAUGGAUUAUCCGCGCCAGUAUGAGGGUUGUCCCCUCUUACCUUUGUCAUUGAUUCAACAUUUUCUUCGCGUCUGCGAGAGCUGGCUUUUGGUUGGGAAUCAGCAGAACGUCAUUCUACUGCACUGCGAGAGAGGUGGUUGGCCACUCUUGGCAUUCCUGCUGGCAGCUUUCUUGAUUUUCAGAAAAUUGCACAGCGGAGAACGGAGAACACUUGAAAUCGUUCACAGAGAGGCUCCUAAAGGGUUUUUGCAGCUCCUCUCGCCAUUGAACCCGUUGCCUUCUCAGCUUCGGUACCUUCAGUAUAUUGCAAGGAGGAAUAUGUCUCCUGAGUGGCCACCUCCAGAGCGAGCACUUUCUUUGGAUUGUAUAAUCUUGAGAGCCAUUCCUAGCUUUGAUUCGCAGAAUGGUUGCAGGCCACUUAUCCGUAUAUUUGGCAGGAAUCUCCUCAGUAGAGGGGGCCUUUCAACGCAGAUGCUUUUUUCCUUGUCCAAGACAAAGAAGACUCUUCGACAUUAUCGACAGGGGGACUGUGAUGUCAUUAAAAUUGACAUUCAAUGUCUGGUGCAAGGAGAUGUGGUCCUGGAGUGCGUCCACUUGGACUUGGACUCAGAAAGGGAAGUUAUGAUGUUCCGGAUAAUGUUCAAUACUGCAUUCAUCCGAUCAAACAUACUGAUGCUGAACUCUGAGAACUUGGACAUUCUUUGGGAUUCAAAGGAGAGGUAUCCAAAAGGAUUUCGCACAGAGGUAUUGUUUGGGGAUGUUGAGAGUGCCUCUCCACCGAGAGCUCCGAUCACUAUUUUGAGUGGAGAGGAAAAAGGCGGAUUGCCCUUAGAAGCUUUCUCCAGGGUUCAGGAACUUUUCAGUGAUGUUGAAUGGGUUGACAACAAUGAUGAUGCUGCACUUUGGUUGCUUAAACAACUUUCAGUCUUGACUGAUGUGAAAGAAAUGUCUAGGCUACAAAACAAAGCAAGUUUGUACACUUCACCAGCUGAUUCCGAGGAUGAAAAUAAUACUUCCAGUGCAGCAGAUAGUUCGGAUGAAGCAUUCGAAUUUUUCCCAAAGCAGUCAACAGAUCCGACAAAUUCUGUGACGCAAACAAAUUUUGAUAGCGAUGAUGUGCUUGAUGCAAAAUUUGCUUCAGAACUCGUGGAUCAAGGAUCAGAUACAGCUGACCCUCCCCCUAUUGAUCAGCAACCAUGCCUUGCAGACGGAACAGCUCAAACUCACUUGCUUGAGUUAACAUCAUCUAUGCCACCUCCUCUCUCCGAUUGUCUACCCCAACGACGAGUAUCACUAGCAGAACCACCGCCACCGCCACCGCCCCCACCUCCUCAUCUUGUACAAUCUUCACAUCAACCACCAGCUCCCCCUUUGCUUCCCUCUAGUAAUGCUGCUAAGGUGCCACCUCCGCCGCCACCACCUCCUCCACCUCUUUUGCAAACUUCUCAUCCCCCACCGCCACCACCUCCUCCACCUCUUUUGCCAACUUCUCAUCCCCCACCGCCACCACCUCCUCCACCUCUUUUGCCAACUUCUCAUCCCCCACCGCCACCACCUCCCCCGUUACCUCUUUCCAAUAACAUAGCUAAAGGGCCACAUACCGCACCCCCCCCCCCACAUGUCAGUCACCAAAAAAUUGCAUCAAUGCUAACUUCUACUGUUGAUGGAGCUGCAUUGCCAUCAAAAGGUCCGCCUCGGGCCCUAUCUUUUCCUUCUAAUUCUAUGCCAUCCGCCAAUAUCCCACCACCACCUCCCCUUCCUCCAACAUCUAAACUCCAUCCACCAAAUCCUCCACCUCCCCCACCACCUCCGCCAUUUUCAUCUAGAUCAAGACAAUUAUCUGCAACAGCGCUGCCUCCACCUCCACCUCCACCUCCGCCGCUGCCUCCACCUUCCCAAUUUGUUUCAUCUAAAGGACCUACCCUUCCUCCUCGUCCACCUCCUCCUCCUCCGCCUCCCUCCUUCACAUCCUUCCCAAGUCAGUCAUCCCUGCCUAAUCCAAUCCAAUCACCACCAUUGCCACCGCCGCCUCCUCCACCUCCAACCUUUAGUUCUAACGGUCCUUCUCUCACUUCACCAACCUACUCUGCACAUAGCCAAACAUCUUUAGGGCUGUCACCUUCAUUUUCAGACUCUAGAACUUUUAAGUUGCAGGGACCUCCGCCGCCUCCGCCGCCUCCUCCGCCUCCCCCAGCAUUAUCUCAUUUAAAGUCUGCCACGAGAGGUGCUGUUCCCAGAGAAUCUCCUUCACCUUCCGCAGCAAAUAUUAAUUCCACAGUAAACCUUCCCAAGCCACCUCCACCACCGCCGCCACCUCCUUCAGGCCCUGGACGGCCAGGUUUAUCCCCAUCACCAACAGCUCCACAGCCUCCUGGUGCACCUCCUCCACCGCCGCCACCUCCUUCAGGUCCUGGACGUCCAAGUCUUUCCCCAUCACCACCAGCUCGAAGUCCUCCCUCUGCACCACCUCCACCUCCACCGCCAGCUCCAAAGCCUCCUGGUGCACCACCUCCACCGCCGGCUCCAAAGCCUCCUGGUCCACCUCCAUUUCCGGGGGCUAAGGGAACAAAUGUAGCCCCACCUCCUCUGCCAUCUAGUGGAAGGGGAAGAACUCUAGGGUCAAUGAAUCAAGGGAGGGGUCGAUCUGCUGGUGGGACUUCUAUCCCACCUAAAAAAUCCUCUCUAAAACCUCUGCACUGGGUAAAAGUAACACGUGCAAUGCAAGGAAGUUUAUGGGCUGAUUCUCAGAAGCAGGAAAAUCAAUCAAGCGCCCCUGAAAUAGACAUUUCAGAACUUGAAAGUCUCUUCUCAGCUGCUACUUCGGAUGGAAGUGGCAAAGCUGGUGGUCGGCGUUCUAACAUCAAUAAACCCGAGAAAGUGCAAUUGGUUGACUUGCGUAGAGCAUAUAAUUGUGAAAUAAUGCUCUCAAAGAUAAAAAUUCCCCUGCCAGAAAUGAUGAAUGCAGUUCUGGCUUUGGAUUCUUCAGCUUUGGACAUUGAUCAGGUCGAAAAUCUCAUCAAAUUCUGUCCUACCAAGGAAGAAAUGGAGACUUUGAAGAAUUAUGCUGGUGACAAGGGAUCGCUAGGGAGGUGUGAACAGUUUUUCUUGGAACUGAUGAAGGUUCCCCGCAUAGAAUCCAAGUUACGAGUGUUUGCUUUCAGGAUCACCUUUUCAAGUCAGGUGAAUGACCUAAGGUCUAACCUCAGUACUAUUAAUGAUGCAGCUCAAGAGGUGAAAGAGUCAGUCAAACUACGUCAGAUAAUGCAAACCAUUCUCACUCUGGGCAAUGCAUUGAACCAAGGAACUGCACGAGGUUCUGCUAUUGGCUUCAAAUUGGACAGCCUCCUUAAAUUGUCUGAUACUCGUGCGAGAAACAACAAGAUGACUUUGAUGCAUUACCUAUGCAAGCUUCUUGCUGAAAAAAUUCCAGAAUUGCUGGAUUUUAGCAAGGAUCUUGUUCAUUUAGAAGCUGCUUCUAAGAUCCAAUUGAAAUCUUUGGCAGAGGAAAUGCAAGCUGUCAGCAAAGGUCUUGAAAAGGUCGAGCAAGAACUUGCUGCUUCUGAAAAUGAUGGUGCCAUCUCUACUGGCUUUCAGAAAGUGUUGAAGAGCUUUCUUGACACUGCUGAAGCUGAAGUGAGGUCACUCAUUUCAUUGUACUCUGAAGUGGGCCGCAAUGCCGAUUCUCUGUGUCAAUAUUUUGGAGAGGAUCCAGCUCGCUGUCCCUUUGAACAAGUGACUCAAAUCUUGGCCGUCUUCGUGAAGAUGUUCAUUAAGUCACGUGAAGAGAAUGAAAGGCAGGCUGAUGCAGAGAAAAAGAAACAGGAGAAAGAAGCUAUGAAAGAAAAGACUUCUGCUAAUUUGACUGUGAGAAGAUAAAUGGCUUGUCUAAACCAAAAGAAGCGAUAUUGCAAAUGUCUCCAACAACCUCCUGAUUUGACAUGGUAUACGAAACUACCUGGCACACGCAAAAGGUGGAUUUGGGGGACAGCUCAGUUGUUGUGCGCCCAAAAUGCUCGGGCUUCAUUGAACAGUCAAUUUCGACUGGCUGGUACGUCCCUUGGGCUCCAUUGCUGCAUCAAAGCAAACUUCGGCAGGUGGAAAUCACUUUUAAGAGGCAGAAAACUUUUGCAAAGAUUUACUUUACUAAGGCGGGAUGAAGCAUCUUGAGACUGCUGUCGUGUCCGCUUUUCAUCUUUGGUAUGAUGCCAAUUGGGUGUCAUGCUGAAAGUCCUGUAUAGCUCGUCGAAGUUCAAUUUUGUAGGCAAUGAAUUUGACUGGCAAUACGCAAUGUUAAUGCUACGCAAGAGGCAGAAGAAAUUCCUUUUGACUUUCAAAAACAAAAGCGAGUUGCAGUUAUUCUGAUAUUUUGA